AUGUUUUCACUUCUAAUAUUCGACCUGGGGGAGAACAGGCUUAUCGGGAUCAACCCAGUCCGUAGGGCCCUCGAUACCGGGCCUGCAGGCAUGGUGAGCCCUUUCCCACCACUGCUGGGUCCAGAUGCACGGGCCCGGCGGAAGGCCGCCCCUGCGGGCAGCGUCGUUGCAAUACCUCCAGCGGACGAGGGCCUCUCUGCACAGUUUCCGCUCCGGUUGGUUGCAGCACCUUCUGCGGUACCAGGUGUAGUAGGAGCGGUUUGCGUCGGCGUGGUCGACGAGGCAGAGAAGGGCUGCGAGGAGGAGGACGAAGUGGUGGAGUCUUAA